GCCAAGACCAGACCAUUCAUUCAAAUCAUAAAUGACCAGGUAACGAUAAUUCACUUCCUUCGGUCAGGUCAGCAUUCAACAUCCGGAUUACAGCUCGAUUUCAAAGCGUCCAGGAUGAUCAACAAGCCUGUCUGUCUGUUACUGUGGCUGGGUCUGAAGCUGAGGCUGGAGCUGGGGGUCGGGGUUGGUUGAGCGACUGGGCUUACUGUUAGUAGGCUAGCCUUUCUGACCUGUAGUGAUUUAUGGCACCAUCGUGUCUGCACUUCAACGUCGCACCUUGACGCCUCUCCAAUCAGCCCGGACUGAACUGGUUUCUACCUGAUCAAAUGCCAGUAUCCGUAACUCUCAUCAGAGAGAAACGCAAGGGGCAGACGAGCAACGCAACGCUGUGGUUGGAUCUGCUAUACAGUACAAACUAACAGCAAUUACCAUGAGUGAGUCUAGCUCUCAACCCCUGGAUGCCGCUGUCAUCAUCGUCAUCGCUUACCUAUCUCCUCCCGUCUUGGCCUCUCCACGCGCAACGAACGACAAGGCAAACGCCGAAGGACCCUCAAUGAGUUUGCGUUUUCGUCUGCUCCCUUUUUUUUUUUCGAGCGAGGCGAAUUGACCUGGUACCUCUCAGCACUGUAAUUGAAAGUUCCCCGGCCGGGCAUUAAGCAACAUUGAUGAUGAACUAGGGUCUUUAAUGCGUCCCAGCACAGGGGAUGAAGACAACAAACAACUUAAACGAGCCCAACCGAGCUCAACAGCCUCAGCUCGGCUGUCUGCAUCUGCAAAUGGUGUCUACCGUAUCUGCAACAAGAGGAAAUAUCCCGCUGCUGUCAAUCGUCAAAAAACUUGUCUUGGCUCUGGGAGAUUAAACCAGAAGCUAACUAGCAGUAAAGCUUGGGUCACGCACGCACUGUUCAAGUUCGAGAAGCUCGCUCGCUCGCUCUUACGUGCAUCAUUUCGCGUAUCACGACUCCCCAUGUCCCGCCCCCUUUCGCCGGCCGUUGAGUCCAUUCUGACCGACAGACAGAACAGAAAAGCAAUGAAACCAUGACGAUCCAAGAGGUCGAGAACCUUGAUGAUGACGAUGUUAGAGUUGCAUCCCGCCCUGACAACGCUCUGUCGGCGCCGAUUAGACUCCCUAGCAAACAUCUGAUUCAUUACCCACAGUUCACGACAUUGCUCCAGCAAACCCGCGUAUAGAGUUAUAUUUUCUUUUUCAUGGUCGCAUCGUUAAGGUACUGGUCUUUGAGUUUAUCCAUAUCUGCUCUAGUCAGGGACCAGAGGUUACAUAUCAUCAUCACAUGAACCGAUCAACGACGCUAUCAUGUUCUGGGCAUGGUCGCCGAGACUCGUGGUCUGUGCUUUUAAUUUCAACCCAAGGGCACAAAGUCACGAGAAUCCUCAAUCAAAUGUCGUCGUCGAGUUCCGCUCGCUCUAUUAGAGACACGCACUUAUGCAGCCACUGAUUGUGUCUAGCUUGUGUUCUUCAAUGACGGCUAAAAUCUCCUUAGGCACAUACAUAUCCACAACACAACGUGAUUCAGUCCAUUUGCGGAUCCCAUUUCGUAUUCCAGCAUUAAAAGCAGAUCAUAUGCAACAAGCAUUGGAUGUCGCUGCUGAAGACCCUUUUCUAACCCAUCCCUUGGAUUGGGUUCAUGUUUCUAUGUUUAACCAUGAACACUACAAUGUACAAUGUGUCACUGUCCCACAUCGACCAAAACUCUUUCUCGUCUUAAUAAGCUCUUUGUACUCGUCUGCAUUUAUUUUUAAUUGUAUCGUUGCUUUUAGUCCUCCCGCAUUUCCCGUUCAGCCCCCUCUUCAACAGAGAAAAAUCACCAACGUCAAACGUUUCACCAUCCUUGGCUCGGGUACCUACGCACCGCAUCGCGCAGCACACAAUUACCCAGCUGAGAUAGCCCGGAGAUAAAAAAGACACACAGAGAGAGGCACGGUAAGAAAUAGGGGAUGAAGGGUGUGGUUUUUUUUUUUUUUUUAAGCAUGGUACCUUGCUCGGGAACAGAACGUUUCUAUACCAAAGGAGCGAUAUACCGUCCAUACCCUGGCCGUUUUGGUAUAUAUAAAAGGGCAAAUAUGUAUUGCAUGCAAGGGACCGGCGUAGCACCACGUUUUUUUGCGAGAUAACAUUUCCGGCAAUUCGUUCACCGUCUCUUUCGAGAAGAUGUUGUCUCUUCUCUUUUUUUUCAGCUGAAAAGAUUCUCUCAACAUAAGGGAAACGACUGUUGAACACAACAGCCCACUGCACGCUCCUCCAAAUCAACAUGAAACCAGCCUCCAAACGCACCGGCUCCGAGUGCGCCACCUCCUCCACACCCCGGCACCUCCGUCUUUGUCGUUCGUCGUGCAAAUGGAAGCCGCAGAGUCCCGAACGGAAUCGGGGUCUUUUCUCCCUCCUUACGGACCCUACAUACUCUGUCAGGUACCGUUCCAUCUACAGGGGCUUCAUGUUCUCGGCCGAGCACUGCCACGCGCACUGGAGUCGAGCUGGCUCGAGUUGAGUUGAGUUGAGUUCCAUUCGCUUGCUUGCCUUUCACUUGGCCUACACCCCGCUCCACCCCCUUUCCACUAAAACGUCACCGAUUUUCUAGUCCCGAUCCUAGUUCGCCGUUACUUUUCUUGGAUGAUUACAUUUCGUUUCCUUAUUAAACUAUAGAGAAGAAGAGAUAGAGACAAAAAAUAACUCGUACAGUGAUCAAGGUGUAACUGAUCGUCAGGUUUGUGCUCUCGUCCGUGCGAACCCUUGCAAUCGUCGUCCAUCUAAGACACCCGCACCACCCAGAGUUGAAAGCCCAAAACCCCCCAUCAGGGACGAUCAGAGAAACACUAUGCCUGAUCGCUCCGAAUGGGAUCGGAGAGGAGGGCUCCAACUUUCGAUCUUAGGCUUGGGCUUGGGGCUUUGGGGAAAGACCAGACCGCACGGGCAGAGCUGAAGAGCAAUCGUGCAACACCGGCGCGAGAGUUGUAUUCCAAAUCGGGUAUUCAUCAAAGUCAAAAGUCAAUGCUCGCAUGGCUAGCCGUCCUUUGCCCAUCUGCCGAUCGUAUAUGCUAUGGCCCGUAAUGUUUACUUGGAAGAAAAAGUUGUUUCCAAAACGUCCAGUAGCCGAGAUCGUCAGCCGACAUGUCUCGGCGAAGUAUAAUCUUCAAUGUAC